ACCAAAUUGGGGCCCUGAAACAAUUAUUAUAGCGGAUGGGAACCUCUAUACCGAACAAGAGGAGCAAUAUUGUGCAAUCAGCUUAAAUAAAGGGAUAAACGUAUAUGAAAUACUUGAAAAAUAAACAUGAUAAAUGGGAUCUAAAAGCUGUGGAGACUGUGUAUUGUUUAAGGAAUUACUUUUGUUCAUAUUGAAGCAACAUUAUUCUCUCUGAAACUGCUGAAAGUCUAUAAAGAUGUACAUGUAGUAUAUUCAUACAUCUCUGUGUAAAACUCUUUCUUCCGGAUCCGCGAUCGAUCACUGGCAUGACUGGCGAGCGCGCCAAGCGAGCACCACCGGAGCACGUACCAUAAUCAUCAAUAGGCCUGAUUGGGGAAUUCCAACAGAGUGUGUCAUUGGAUUGACCCUUGUCUCGUGACUUAGCUUUCAACAGAAUCACAUAAGUAUAUUUGAUGAAAAGAUAUUCUGUCUGGUUACAGCACUGAUUUGAUCUUCGUUUUGCGAGUUGGCCUGGCUAGAGGUGUCCAUCAACUGCGAGCUAGAGCUAUAUAUAUACCAAACAGGUCAAGCUAAAGAUUUCAAUCAGAUGUCCUGAAUCAACUCCCAAAACACAGGGACAGUACUACAACGCGAGUGGGUGAGGGUCAUCCCAACGAUUUGGCUUUGCCUAAUCACUGAGCAAGAUCCAUUGGGGUUUUUUUCGCACGGGUCCUCCAGCUCCAUAUGUAGAUCGGCAGCAGAAUAUGGCCAUAGGAAUCAACAACUUUCUACAAUGCUUUGCUUAUGCCAUUAUUGUAGUCAUGUUUUUGUGUUCUCCUGGUCACUCCGAUCAGUCACCAGGAUGUCGCAAAGAUUGUAACUGCACGUCCACUCCAUUCGAAGUUGGAAAUUCUGAAUUGGUCGGAAACUGCAUUUGUCCAGAGUAUGGGAUCUUUCUCGACAGUAUGCUCCAGGAUAUUGUGAAACUCGAUAUUGUCUUCUCGCAACCGGUCGUGAUAAGAGCGGGGAAUAUCCAGAGGUUCCACCGGAUAUGGUUCCUGACCAUAUCUGGCAUGCAGUUCGUGGAGCCCGGUGGCUUUCAAGGGUUGGAGACCUUAGACAGAUUAGUCCUCUAUGACAAUUACAUGCGAGUCUUAGGAACUAACAUGUUUACUGGUCUUCAGCGUUUGACGAAGCUUGUAGCCGAAGGCACGACUAGGAAUACAAUCCACGCUCUGGAAAAUGGUACCUUUUGUAAUUUGACUAGUUUGAAACAUCUUGACCUAAAAGCCAAUGCAAUUACAGCACUUAAUCCAGAACAUUUUCGAGACCUGGACAAUCUGGAUAUCUUCGAUAUUUCUGGUAACAGAUUGACUAAAAUCAAAGCCAAUACUUUCGUAAAUUCACCAUUAUUGACUGAAAUAAAACUGUCUAAAAAUCAGAUUACAGAAAUACAUCGAAAUGCAUUCGUCGGUUUGAUGCGAUUGAACAAUCUUGAUUUAGAUGGGAACCUAAUCAAGGGGAUGCCACAGCCAAGGUUUCUGCUAGGUUCACUUCAGUUGCCAACAGAUUCCCAUUUCAAGCGUGUUGCUAUUUCUCUAGAUGACAACCCGUUACGCUGUGACUGUCAUCUUAACUGGAUAUCGUCGUGGCUAGACAAUUCUCAGAUAUGCAAUGGAUUUUGCGAUUCGCCAAGCCGGCUCGAACACAAGUCUCUCCAUGACGUUUACAAGGAUAACCUCUCGCAGUGUCUACCAAACAACACUGGUCGGUCGGUGGAGUCAGGGAAGCAGCUGGAACUUACCUGUUCCUUUGCCGGCGCUUCAUGGGUGAUCCCUGAUGGGCGACACUUCGAGGAACAUGGCGCAUGCGACGAUCCCUUUUAUUUGACGAACAGAGACUCGAUGGUUAUCUAGAAGACCUCCCCUGAGCAUUCUGGUAAUUACUUUUGUUUUUCUUCAGAUGGUGCCCAGGCGUUCUUAUACCAGGUAAAUGUGACGGAAUCUGGGACUUCUUUUACAACUGCAGAAUGGGCAGGCAUAUUUGGAGCACCAGGCGCGUUUGUAUUAGGCAUUUUACUCAUGUCCAUAAUUCUCCUUUUGAAAAAUAAGUGUCAGCAACACAGUCAUGGAAACGGACACCUUCCCCUUAAUGACUCCAAAGGUGAUAGUGAUAAUCUUCUCGGACCUCAAGGAGGGAAUCUAGAUCCAGUGGAAGUAAAUCCCUCGGGUAUUCCACAAGGUAGUGAAGAUUUUAGAAACAUUAUUCGUAAGAAAUAUUCCCUGAAUCCCAAAGUCAAGAAUAUUAGCAUAAGCAUCUGAGUAAUAUUCUACAGUGGUUAGAAUCGCCUUAUUGGUUCCAGGCAUGUUUGGAAACAUCGUGACUUGUGAGAUCUGUCGUAUGGUACCAAGGAAGGUUAAGUGAGCUGUACAUUGUCUUAUAUUGAUACCUGUGUACAUCCCAUGGUCAUACACAGUGGGGACGGGUAUGUCAUCAAGGUAAUUCCACCACCCACGAAAUUCCAAAGCCUACCUGGUGUUUAAGAUGUUCACUCAAAUCAGCCUGCGCGUAUUUUCGGAUUUUACUAUGUUUGUCUGACAUUGAUAAUGACUUGUUGAUAAUAUAUUGAAAUUAAAUUCUUGUAAAACAGAGUUCUUUUUUGCUGCAUCUCCUGCACACCUUAAUCGGUUCCUUGAGCUUUCUUUUUCGUUUAAUGACAUAGAUAUUCCAAUAUCUUCAACCAUUAAGGAUUUUGGAGUUGUUUUUUAUAGUGAAAUGAAAAUGACUGAACAUGUAACAUACUUGUGUCGUACUCUCAACUGGCAAAUAUAUAAUCUCAAUCGCAUGUCAUAAUGUUGUUAGGGCACUUGUGCUCUCCAGGCUCGACUGUGGUGGUUUCUUGCUUGGGGGUAUUAGUAAACAAGAUCUUGGAAGACGUCAACGCCUUCAGAACAAAUGUGCACGAUUAAUCUGUCAAAAACCAACAUGGUGUCAUGCUACCCCUCUUCUAAAUGAACUACAUUGGCUACCUGUUUCUGAUAGAAUACAUACUUGUUCAAACCUAUAUAUCUCUGUCAACCACACUACCUUCUUACAUUUCUUCAUUAUUUCAGCAACAAAGAUCUACAUACUCUCUUCGUUCUGCAGCUGCUCCUUCCUAUGUCAUUCCAAAAUCCAGAAAACAGGCCGGUUUCAACUCCUUUCAAUCUCUUGCCCCCCCCCCCCCCCGUCUUUGGAACAAACUCCCUCCAUCUAUUCGAAACCUCGAUCUCUCCUCUUGACCUCUUCAAAAAACAUCUCAAAACACACUUAUAUAACCAUAAACCUUAACUUAUGCCAUCAACAUCGCUUUGUAUCCUCUGGAAAAAGCGCUAUAUAAAUCCAGUUAUUAUUUAUUAUAUUUAAAUGGACUAGCUAUCGCUGGCCUUCCAAUGAUUCUUCAAUGAUCUCACAUCAGUCUGUCAGUGAUCUCCGCAGAAUUGAGAGACUGAGUGGACAGACAAGUAAGACCUGAAAAUUCCGGAGAUCCCACUGACACCCUGCUGAGAGAAUUUUUUCAUGAAGACCUCUGGAAGAUCAUUUUUCAAUGGUUUUUAACCGUUUUGGGGACCACAAAAUCGUGAAGACAAACCAAGGUCCCGUUUUACAAAGAGUUAGGAUUAAUCCGAUAAAUCUCAACUAUAUGGUAAUCCAUCAAUGUCAUAUUUUUUUCUUCAGGAAAUUUGCACAAUGUCCUUUGUAAACAUAAAGAAGCACACUAAAGUUUAAAAAAAACAAAUGUAUAAAAAAUACAUCACAUCUAGAAAAUAUAUAUUUUUAAACAAACAUGAAUUGUAGCUUUUGACGUUGCUGGCUUUCCAUAGUUGUGUUUGAUCGGAUCCAUCGCUACUCUUUGUAAGACGGGCCCCAGAUAUCGACAAAGACUUGGGAGAUGAUCAAAUGGCCGAAAGUUAAUUGAAAAAAAAAACGCGGCGGUCACGCAACUCUCGAAGUAGAGCCAGUAUUUCAAUGGUUGAAUUAGUUUUCGGGCAUCAUAGAAGUAGAGAAUUCAGAUCAUUCGAUUUGUUGCUUACACAAGCGACUCACACAACCAAAUAAGUUUUGAUUAAAAUGAAUUUGUUCGGAUUUACUCUAUGUUUGAACAAGGUAUUUUUGUUAAUGAUAUUUAAAAAGGAAGGAAAUAAUUUAUGUAUAUUUUUAUGUUUUGAUGUAUAGAAUGUACUAAAUUGUAUAUAUACUUUGUAUUUAAUGUUCCCUUUUCACAAUUUUAGAUGUUUAAAGUGAAUCGAAACUAGAAAAGGAAGAAAAGCCGGACAUGCAUAGUGUAUGACAAUGAGUCAACCACCUUUAUAUUUUUUUUUUACUCGGUGGCCAAAAAGGAAGACCUCGAAAAUGAAAUAUGAAAAAAAACAGAUUGUUUGAAUAAAACAAAAAGAUAAAUAUAUUGCUCAUUGUUCAAAGUAUAUAGAUCUUGGCAUUUGUAUAAACAAAACUGUAAUCUGAUUCAUUUUUCCAUAUAGUUUGAUUUGCAGGCCUUAUCUUAUUCUUAAUUUUAUGUUUUCAAUGAAUGUUAUGAAAAAAUAUUAUUUUGCAUAAUUAGGCAUCGUAGGAUACCAAAUAAAAAGAUUCUUUUUUCUAAACCUUCGAUCACAAACUAAUUUGUAAAAAGCCAAACGAUAACGCAAUGGGUGUGUGGGUGAGUAAGUGCAUGGGAUUUGCGCGAAAGUGUGUGAGGGAUUAUAAUAUUAUACAAAUUAUGCACGUAAGCUCGUGCAUGCAGGGCCAAAUAAUGAACGAUGUGCAAGAAGAGCCAAUGGAUAUACUGCACCGAGGUCCGCAGGACCGAGAGCGGUAUAUCCAUGCAUUUGGCGAGUCGGGAGUCGAGCACAGAGUUCAUUAUUUAGGUCCUCUAUGCACAAUAAUGCGUGUAUUGCUUGUUUUAUACACCCCCUCCCCCCUUACCCAUGUUACUGAGUUGCUCCGAAUGCUAUAUUUGAUCUAAAUUCUAGAUAAUUCCAGAUAGUGCAUUUGGUAUGACGUCAGAGUGCAGGAUAAUGCAUUUGGUAUGACGUCAGAGUGCAGGAUAGUGCAUUUUAGAUGCAAUAGUGCAAUUCGGUGAAUAUCAUGACUUUUUGUGAUCCGAUUUGGACCAUCAGAUUACAGAACAUUCUUGGGAGUUGCAUAAACUCUUUUAACCGAUGUUAAGUAGCUUUUUAGAGUUGUAAUUGAUUGUAUCGCUUCUUGCAGCGGGUCCCUAUCCCAGUUAAAUUUCCAGCAACCAUAAUUAUAUGGAAAUAAAUUCUAAUUGAUGGUAACUCUACCCUUAC